CCUUAUAAAGGUAUCGGAGCCACCGAUCCCCCAUUGUUCUCUGGCAUCUCCGCAUCUCCACGAGGCAUCUUCUCUUCCCUUCGCACGGUUGCAUCCACUUCCAUUCUUUCGUUUCUUUCUGUAUAAUUGGCUCACAAUUCUGCCGUCCUCCUCACCUUUACAAUCACCAACGAACACGGCCUUCGGGAAGCUCCAGAUGUGUCUGUCUCAAGUUGUGCGGUGAAGGUGUUUGUCUUAAUGUCAGUGUGAUCUAUUCGCCUUGUGCUUGGAACUCUCGUCUCUCGUCCUUCUCUCGAUUGAUUCGUUCUCUCCUCUCUUUCGUCGCCAACUUUGUACGAACUCGCCCACUGAUUCUGGGUCGAUAAUACCGAGAUUAUUUGAGGACUUUCCCCAUCUGGGUCCUUGUUCUCGUGUGGGUUCUCCAAUCAGGGUAAUCUAUUCUGUGUUUCCUCUUCUGGAAAAUGGAUCUGGACGGUGAUCACUCGGAAAAUAUUUCCGAAGCUACCGAGCAGGACCAAUUAGUCCCUUCGACGAUCACUUCUGAAAUGGCGACAACGGAGAAGCAUCAAGGGAGCUCGCGAGGAGGGAAAGGGAAGAGGCUGUGGAAGAAAGUGAAAUACCAGCUGGUGGAGUACCAUUCUUUGCCCGCAUAUUUAAGGGACAACGAAUACAUUCUUGGCUACUACAGAGCUGAAUGGCCAAUGAAGCAGAUUCUUCUCAGCAUUUUCACCAUUCACAACGAGACUCUGAACGUUUGGACGCAUUUGAUUGGCUUCUUCCUUUUUCUUGCACUGACCAUCUAUACAGCAACAAAGGUUCCAAAUGGUCAUUCUCUGCAACUUUCAGAUGUUCUGAAAGCCGAUUUGCACAAAUUGCACGCCUGCCUACCUUCUUUGCCAAACAUGCAUGAUCUUCAUAGACUCAGGGAUGAGCUCAAGACGACAUUGCCUUCAAUGGAUUUUUCAGGAUGGCAUGUUAUGGAACUUCUUUACAAUUGUUUGCCUGAGCGAUUCUCCCAUGGCAACCAAACUGAUGUUUGUCGCUUGCGGAGCAUGACAGGCGAUGUCGCAAACAUCAUAGCACCACUUAUGGUGAGACCUAUAACCAGGUGGCCAUUUUUUGCUUUCAUGGGAGGGGCAAUGUUCUGCUUACUGGCCAGUAGCAUAUGCCACCUUUUAUCUUGCCACUCGGAGCGGAUAUCAUACAUCAUGCUUCGAGUUGAUUAUGCUGGAAUUGCAGCCCUGAUAGCCACAUCAUUUUAUCCACCAGUAUACUAUUCUUUCAUGUGCAUGCCCUUCUUCUGCAACCUCUACUUGGGGUUCAUAACCCUAUUCGGCAUUGCCACGGUCAUGUUUUCGUUACUUCCAGUUUUCCAAAAACCCGAGUGGCGUACGGUUCGUGCAUCCCUCUUCUCUUUCAUGGGUCUAUCUGGAGCACUACCAAUCCUUCACAAGCUCAUCUUGUUCUCACAUCAACCUGAAGCACUCCACACUACUGGAUAUGAAGCUCUGAUGGGACUUUGCUAUGGACUUGGAGCAGUUGUGUAUGCAACAAGGGUCCCCGAACGAUGGAUGCCUGGGAAGUUCGACAUUGCAGGGCACAGUCACCAACUCUUCCACGUGUUAGUGGUUGCUGGAGCUUAUGCUCAUUACCGAGCAGGGCUAGUUUACCUGAAGUGGAGAGACCUCCAUGGAUGUUAGUGGUGGCUGGAGCUCAUGCCCAGUACUGCGCAAGGCUAGUAUACCUAAAGUGGAGAGACCUCCAUGGAUGUUGACGAGAAGAAUGUGCAAGUGUUAAUUGUAUCUUAUGGUCUUAGUAAAUGAGACUUUGUAGGAAAAUGAAACUAUGACUAGACGACAGAUGGAAGUGUAAAAGUCUGUGAGUUAGAGAUCCAAAAUAUAGAAAUUGUAGCAAGAGCAGAAUGAAUGUGCGAAGCCCCUUGCAACUGCAGCCCGUUUCAUGCUAAAUUGGCCGAGGCUGCUGGUAAUGGCACGAACUGCCAAUUGUGUAGUUUUCAUUGCUGGUUUUCUUUAAUGGUUAGCAGGUUCUCUCAAUGGGGACUGAUAGCUUGAUCAUUACCAACAUAACGGUGUAAAAAAUCAGAUGUGCUAUCUUGCUUUCAUUGAGAUUUGGACUCCAGUGAUAUCCUACUGUUUGACUUCAUUACAAUUUGAUGAUGAUAUUCUCGUCCAAACAUUGGCUUAUGGUUGUGUAUACUUGAAUGAAUGGAUCGUGU